AUGACGACUCUGUUCCCUCUCUUACGUCUUCCAAGACUUGCAUUGAUUCCAGUUUUCCAACAAAUGGAGUCAAUAGAUGUAAUUGCGUUUUCGCUACUUUCCAAAAAAGCCAAAAAUUUGUCAAAAAUCUUUCGCAAAUUAUCUACCCGUAGUGUUCAUCUGAUAGUAGAGAGCAAUCACCUUGACGUCAGUGUUCAUUUUGAAUGGUGGAAAGAAGAGGGACUGAAAUUUUAUUUUAACACAGAGAACGUACCGCAAUUGGUCAAUGCAAUGUUUCAAAAAAGAACGUUUACUCACGAAAACAGCGGAUUGUCACCAUCACAAUGGUUGGAACGGGUACUAGAUGUGACAAAUUGUGAAUCGAUUGGUCAUCUGGAUCUCAAGGGAUCUCCACAUCUGGAUGUGUACAACCUUUUUGCUUCAAUUCAAAAUAUCCGGAAAUUAUACAUCUUCCAGGACUGUGACAACAUUUUUGCAAAGAAAGCUCUGGAAAUCGUAUCACCAGUUACCAGGGAAAUCAUAUUGUUCAAAAUUCCGUUUGAGACUAGAGAAGAGUUCCAGACUUUCCUAAAGAGCAAUUUAAAUUAUUUGAAUAUCCAUACUAGCACUUUCCCGACGUUCAAGUUUUUUCUUGAAGAUCUUAUGAUCACGAAUGCGCUGAAAUUAAACCUCAAUGACGGGAAAUUAAAUCUCAAAGAAAUCAAUCAAUUUUUCAAAAAUUGGAUGGAAAAGAAAUGUGAUUCAAGACUGGAGCACUUGUUAGUGUGUACAUUCGAAGAAGUAGAUGAAAAGAAUCUUCUGGAAGGACUGAAAACACUUUAUUUUCCAAGGGACCGAAAAAGAGCGUUCCACUACUCAAAACCAAUGGACUCUUCGUCAGCAUCGUUUUCUGGAGGAUAUGAUAUAAGGAGAACGGAUCGAAAAAAUGCCACAAUCACGUUUGGAGAAGUUUGGGGAGAAACAUUCAUCAAUUUCUACGCUUGGCCAUGA